GGCGUCGGCGCCUGCGCAGAGCGUGGCGCGCCGGGAUUCGGAGCCUGGGCGGGACGGGGCGGGGCUUCGGACGAGAGGGAGGGAAGCCAGAGAAAGGAUAAGAAAGGGAGUGGGGCUGGAGCGUACGGUGGCCGAAGUGGGACGCGCCGAGCCGGAGGCUGCAGGAUGAUGCGGUUUAUGCUGCUAUUCAGCCGGCAGGGAAAACUGCGGCUGCAAAAGUGGUACCUGGCCACUUCGGACAAAGAACGGAAGAAGAUGGUGCGAGAGCUCAUGCAGGUUGUCCUGGCUCGCAAGCCCAAGAUGUGCAGCUUCCUGGAGUGGAGGGACCUCAAAGUUGUCUAUAAGAGAUAUGCCAGCCUCUACUUCUGCUGCGCCAUCGAGGGCCAAGACAAUGAGCUCAUCACGCUGGAGCUGAUCCACCGAUACGUGGAGCUCUUAGACAAAUACUUUGGCAGUGUGUGCGAGCUGGACAUCAUCUUCAACUUUGAGAAGGCCUACUUCAUCCUGGAUGAGUUUUUGAUGGGGGGGGAUGUCCAGGACACCUCCAAGAAGAGUGUGCUGAAAGCCAUCGAGCAGGCCGACCUACUGCAGGAGGAGGAUGAGUCGCCGCGGAGUGUGCUGGAGGAGAUGGGUCUGGCAUAGCCCCCGGCCAGGCCAGGGCGUGGAGAUAGGGUCCUGGCAGUGGGGUGCCAACGCCGCUUCUCUGCCCAGGGCGCUAUUCUUGGUGGGACUCAGCUGCCGCUCCUCUGCUGCCUCACCUUCUUCUGGAGUGAGCUGUGGGCUCAGGCCCUUCAAACAUUCCCUCCCUCCACCCCCUACCUCCACUUUCCCCUUUUCCCAUGAAGGUUUUAAGAGCUAGGAGGCAGGAAAAUGUGACCCAGAUGGGGGUGCUAUUGGCUUUUAUUCCCUGCCUUUGCAGAACGGAUGUCACCCCAGACGUCCUCCCCUCCCUAAUAACUGUAAAUAUAUAAAUAUGUCGGGUUAAAGGGAAAAGGUUUUCAGGGCGCUUCUCUUCCUCUCUGCCCCGUAACCUACCUCCACCCUCCCAAUAGCCAGCCUGGGCGGCUUCUCUGCCUGGGAGGGAAGCCUGGCCCCCCUCUUUCUCUUUGGCAGCUGGGCCUCUAUCCUGUGCCAGGGAGGAACAACAUAGUUAAUAAUUUUCUAAACUUGCCACUUUGAGGGAAGAAAGGGUUGGGGGAAGGGCAAGCUUUAGGGGACCUUGGUCCUGGCCCUGUCCCUCUUUCACUCCAGUUCUGGGUGAGGCAGGAGCUGGGAGAGGGGCUGGGAGGGGGAAGUGUCUGCCUUUAUUUCCUUUCUUCUGAAAUAAAAGGAAAAGCAUUUCUGGA